UUACCCAGCAUGCCUUGGGAGAGGAGGUGAUUGAGGGGGCGGAGUCUGUGGUGCUGCCCUGUGAGGCCCCUCCUGGAGCUGCUUCCUCAGUGACAUGGAGCCGCUAUGAUCUCAAUCCCUCCACCGUUCAUGUGCAUAAGAAGACAAGUCAGCUUGUUGAAAAAGAUGAUCUUGAAAAACAAAACCAGCUGUUCACAAACCGUACAGAGAUGCAGCCUGACGCUCUGAGGACUGGACACGUCAGCCUCACUCUGAAACACAUUCAGCUGUACGAUGGAGGCACCUACAGCUGUGACGUCCGUGGGGGGGGGAGGCUGGACCAGACACAUGUACGGCUGCAGGUCAUCAGCAAGGAAGAAGUGGAACGCAGAGAACAAGAAGCAGAACGAGCCAGGAGACAACGAGACACAGUGAUCGCUGUGGUGACCAUUAUCCUCAUUAUCAUCUGUAUCCUGGGACUGCUGUAUCAUUUAGGAUACAUUGGCAGAAAAGACAAACAGGUGGAGGUGGAUUCAGGGGUGAAGUCUGUCCUGCUGCGCUGCAGAACAAUCAGUCUCCUGCCCAAAGACGUCACAGUGGAGUGGACGGAUGAAGACAACAGGAUGGUCCAUGUGUAUCAGAAGAACGGCUCUGACCAGCCUGGAGAACAGCACGUUCUUUACAGAGGACGGACAGAGAUGAAGAGAGACCUGAAGAUCUUUGUAGACCUCAGUCUGACCCUGAAACAGCCCAGAGAGAGAGACAGUAAGACCUACACCUGCACCGUCUACAGCAGGGAGGGAAAAGUCCUGAUGAAGAGACAAGUGGAGCUCAAGGUCAAAGUCCCACAGGUGGAGGUGGAUUCAGGGGUGGAGUCUGUCCUGCUGCCCUGGGAAACCACAGUUCAGCUGUCUGAAGACGUCACAGUGGAGUGGACGGAUGGAAACAACUGGAAGAUCCAUGUGAAUCAGAAGAACGGCUCUGACCAGCCUGGAGGACGAACAGAGAUGAAGAGAAAGAGACCUGGAGACCUCAGUCUGACCCUGAAACACCCCACAGAGAGAGACACUAACACCUACACCUGCACCGUCUACAGCAGGGAGGGAGAAGUCCUGAUGAAGAGACAAGUGAAGCUCCAGGUCAAAGUCCCACAGGUGGAGGUGGAUUCAGGGGUGGAGUCUGUCCUGCUGCCCUGGGAAACCACAGUUCAGCUGUCUGAAGACGUCACAGUGGAGUGGACGGAUGGAAACAACUGGAAGAUCCAUGUGAAUCAGAAGAACGGCUCUGACCAGCCUGGAGGACGAACAGAGAUGAAGAGAAAGAGACCUGGAGACCUCAGUCUGACCCUGAAACACCCCACAGAGAGAGACACUAACACCUACACCUGCACCGUCUACAGCAGGGAGGGAGAAGUCCUGAUGAAGAGACAAGUGAAGCUCCAGGUCAAAGUCCCACAGGUGGAGGUAUAUUCAGGGGUGGAGUCUGUCCUGCUGCCCUGUGAAACCACAGUUCAGCUGUCUGAAGACGUCACAGUGGAGUGGACGGAUGGAAACAACUGGAAGGUCCAUGUGUAUCAGAAGAACGGCUCUGACCAGCCUGAAGACCAGGAUGAUCGUUACAGAGGACGAACAGAGAUGAAGAUGAAGAGACCUGGAGACCUCAGUCUGACCCUGAAACACCUCACAGACAGAGACAAUAAGACCUACACCUGCACCGUCUACAGCAGGGAGGGAAAAGUCCUGAUGAAGAGACAAGUGAAGCUCAAGGUCAAAGUCCCACAGGUGGAGGUAUAUUCAGGGGUGGAGUCUGUCCUGCUGCCCUGUGAAACCACAGUUCAGCUGUCUGAAGACGUCACAGUGGAGUGGACGGAUGGAAACAACUGGAAGGUCCAUGUGUAUCAGAAGAACGGCUCUGACCAGCCUGAAGACCAGGAUGAUCGUUACAGAGGACGAACAGAGAUGAAGAUGAAGAGACCUGGAGACCUCAGUCUGACCCUGAAACACCUCACAGACAGAGACAAUAAGACCUACACCUGCACCGUCUACAGCAGGGAGGGAAAAGUCCUGAUGAAGAGACAAGUGAAGCUCAAGGUCAAAGUCCCACAGGUGGAGGUGGAUUCAGGGGUGGAGUCUGUCCUGCUGCCCUGGGAAACCACAGUUCAGCUUCCUGAAGACGUCACAGUGGAGUGGAGGGAUGGAUUCUACAGGAAGGUCCAUGUGUAUCAGAAGAACGGCUCUGACCAGCCUGGAGGACAGGACUAUUGUUACACAGGACGAACAGAGAUGAAGAGAGAGAGACCUGGAGACCUCAGUCUGACCCUGAAACACCUCACAGAGAGAGACAAUAACACCUACACCUGCACCGUCUCCAGGGAGGGAAAAGUCCUGAUGAAGAGACAAGUGAAGCUCCGGGUCAAAGUCCCACAGGUGAAGGUGGAUUCAGGGGUGGAGUCUGUCCUGCUGCCCUGUGAAACCACAGAUCUGCUGUCUGAAGACGUCACAGUGGAGUGGACGGAUGGAUUCAACAGGAAGGUCCAUGUGUAUCAGAAGAACGGUUCUGACCAGCCUGAAGACCAGGAUGAUCGUUACAGAGGACGAACAGAGAUGAAGAGAAAGAGACCUGGAGACCUCAGUCUGACCCUGAAACACCCCACAGAGAGAGACACUAAGACCUACACCUGCACCGUCUACAGCAGGGAGGGAAAAGUCCUGAUGAAGAAACAAGUGCAGCUCUGGGUCAAAGUCCCACAGGUGAAGGUGGAUUCAGGGGUGGAGUCUGUCCUGCUGCCCUGUGAAACCACAGAUCUGCUGUCUGAAGACGUCACAGUGGAGUGGACGGAUGGAUUCAACAGGAAGGUCCAUGUGUAUCAGAAGAACGGUUCUGACCAGCCUGAAGACCAGGAUGAUCGUUACAGAGGACGAACAGAGAUGAAGAGAAAGAGACCUGGAGACCUCAGUCUGACCCUGAAACACCCCACAGAGAGAGACACUAAGACCUACACCUGCACCGUCUACAGCAGGGAGGGAAAAGUCCUGAUGAAGAAACAAGUGCAGCUCUGGGUCAAAGUCCCACAGGUGAAGGUGGAUUCAGGGGUGGAGUCUGUCCUGCUGCCCUGUGAAACCACAGUUCAGCUGUCUGAAGACGUCACAGUGGAGUGGACGGUCGGAGACAACAGGAAGGUCCAUGUGUAUCAGAAGAACGGUUCUGACCAGCCUGAAGACCAGGAUGAUCGUUACAGAGGACGAACAGAGAUGAAGAGAGAGAGACCUGGAGACCUCAGUCUGACCCUGAAAUACCCCACAGACAGAGACACUAACACCUACACCUGCACCGUCUACAGCAGGGAGGGAAAAGUCCUGAUGAAGAGACAAGUGGAGCUCUGGGUCAAAG